AUGCCUAGUUUUCAACACCUUUUGCCUGCCAAUGGGGCAUGGAAACAAGAUGUAACAAAUUGGCUUCAAGAGGAUAUUCCAAGUUUUGAUUUUGGGGGUUUCGUCGUUGGAUCAGCCGCCAAAUCUGCGUCUCUCUGGAUGAAAGAAGAAGGUGUGCUUAGCGGUGUACCAUUCGCUCAAGAGGUAUUCGAUCAGUGCAAGCUAGAAGUUGACUGGGUUUUCAGCGAAGGGGCCUUUAUUUCUCCCAAAAAAGGUGAAAAAGUUCGUGUGGCAGAAGUUCGUGGUGAAGCCCGUAACAUCCUAGUAGCAGAGAGAACGGCCUUAAAUCUGCUCAGCAGAAGUUCCGGUAUUGCUAGUGCCUCUAGAAAGCUAGUGGGUGCUGCAAGGGAAGCGAAUUACAAGGGAAUAAUCGCAGGGACUCGUAAAACCACCCCCGGACUUCGCAGAUUAGAAAAAUACUCCAUGCUUGUAGGCGGUUGUGACACUCACAGAUAUGACCUUUCUUCGAUGGUUAUGCUCAAGGACAAUCACAUUUGGUCCACUGGUUCCAUCACGCGUGCAGUGGAGGACGCACGUUCUGUGUGUGGUUUUGCCGUGAAGAUAGAGGUCGAGUGUCAAUCCGAAGCAGAAGCCGAUGAAGCCAUAUUAGCUGGCGCGGAUGUUAUUAUGCUAGACAACUUCUCUGGAGAUGGCCUACAGACCGCCGCCCUAAAUCUGAAGCAAAGAUGGGAAGGGAAAAAACAGUUCCUGCUGGAAUGCAGUGGGGGCUUAAAGCUCAGCAACAUUCACGAGUACCUCUGCAAUGACAUAGACAUCUACAGCACCAGUAGCGUGCAUCAGGGAACAAACGUGGUGGACUUUUCCUUGAAAAUUGAUGUAGCCUGCUAA